CAUUGUUCGCUGCUGUCAUAAUUAGAGUUGUCAAAAAAACGAGCGAAAACGAAAGAAAGUUGUACACAUUGCGACAUAUUUUUGUGUGAUUUUGUGAAUGUGGUGUUAAUUUAAACAAUAAAGUGAUUAAAAGUAAUAUAGUUAUAGAUAAUCAACGUAUAAAAUCGUGUUAUAAGUGUCUAAAUUCGGAAGUUAAAUGUUUGUUUUUACAUAGCGUCAUGCCCCCGCGGAUUAGAACGAGAGCUUCCAAAGCUCUCAAAGAAAAUAUUGAUGUUACAGAAAACAAGAAGCUUGUUAAAAGUAAUAACAAGGGACCUCGAAAAGCCUUAGCUGAUAAAACAAACUCUGCAUCAGACGAUGGGUCAUUAGAAAUCCCGACAAAAACUAAGAAAACAAACACGAAAGUUUUGAAGACAGGUCCAAACAAGAAUGGAGAGAAGAAGAAGAUUGAAACAAAACAAAAAGAGACCGUGUCACAACAGAAAGAGAAUGUGCCUUCAACAAAUGAAGUACGGCCUCGACGUGACAGGCGUCUACCGAACCGAUUUGUCGAAAAUAAAACUUUAAAUAAUUUAUCAAACAGCAAGGAAACUUUAAAUGUGACGCUCAGUAGUCCGUUAACUAAUCCCAAGGCUGACAAUACACCAAUAAAGGUAGAUAGUUUAUCUAAAAAUGAGGCAGAACCAUCUCCAUUCAAAACACCAGGUAAAGCUGACAGCAGUUUACUUGCUAACCGUCCCAGGAGGAUUUGUCGCUUACCAUCACGUUUCGAAGACCAUUCCAUAAGCCCUAAUAAGUACAUUCCCAUACAACCUGCUAAUGCCAGUACUCCGAUACAACUGUCUAAAGCCAAACCUAUUGUUGUAUUAACUGAAAAAGAUAAAGUAAACAUAGAUAUAGCUAAAACCUCUAAUAAAAAACAAGAAAAUGUUACUAGGCCUACUAGAUCUACGAGAAAUACUCAACAAAAGGAAUCUACUGAGAAAACAUCAACUAAAAGUAGUCCUGAUACUAAUAAUAACCCUAAAACUAGAUCAACUAGAAGGAAGGUUGCUAAAACUCAACCAAGUAAUGAAAAGGAGUCACCAUCAAAGAAGGUUACUAAACCUACAAAUAAAAAAGAAUCUCCGCUCAAGAAAAGCCCUCCAAAGAUGAAUCAAACCUCAUCAAACAGUAAUGCAUCUCCGAUAAGGAAAUUCUUGACACCCAUGGCAAAGUUUCCAAUAGUACCAAGCAAAACAAUAUCAUCUAAAAAGAAAUUAAGUCCCAAAAAGCCUUCCACAAACAAGGCAAGUCAAAAUGUAUCAUUCAAAUUGCUAGGCAGCAAGAAAAAUGGUGAACAAAAUGGUGACAAUGAGAAUGAAAAUGAUGGUGACAUUUACGAAUUUACAUUUGAUCCCGAAGAAGAACCUAAACCACAAAAGAAAAAGCGUAAAAGGAUUGUAACAAAGAAACCUCCAACAGUUGUUGCACCCAAGCAGAAAAAGGUUGUAUACAAGAGCAGUUAUGAUCAGAACAUAUCAAAAGCACUGGCAGCAUUGAAAAAUGCUGUUAAUCCUGCCAAAACUGCUGAAGCUCCAAAUCUACCACAGAUUACUGAGAACAGUGGUGAAAUUGCUGAGGAGAAUCAUGUAGUAAAUCAUGUUGCUAAUGUUGAAAAUCAAGUACAAACAAAUAAUGUAACAAAAGAAAAUAAUCCAUUAAAUGAUACUGGAAAAGCUUCUGUUCAUGGGUUUAAUUACCCAUCAAUAAGGGUGGAAGACAUUGCUGCUGAUAUAGAACCAAGCAUGGAUGACCACCAUGAUGAUUUAAAUUACUCUCCUGUAAAUUCACCAAGACCUGUAAAUGGCCUAAGUACUCCUAAUGCUUCUGCUAAUCAUAAGCCUACACCUGAUAGACCUGUGCACAAUAAUGAUCCACUCAACUUGGCAGAAGAACUCAGUUUCUUUGAUGAUCAGCCUGUGGCUAGCAGUAGCAUGAACAUGUCAGUCCGCCAUCCUAUGGCCAGUCCAUGGAGAGUUGAAUUUGGUAGUCUGCCCAUAAAAUGGCGGGUAAAUGCUUAUGUGAAACCUAACAUGACACCAGCAGUAGACACUUCAUUUAUAAACCCAGAUGAUUCUAUGAAAAAGAAACAUGUUUACACUAAUUUAUUGACAGAAGCAAAUGAUGAACCAGAAAUGGUUGAAACCACACCAAAUCUGAAACAACCUAGUAUAAUUUCGUUUAUGAAAGAGAUGGCAGAGAAGAGUGCUAGAAAGAAACGAGGGAGAUCCAAAUCUGUCUCUCCAACGAGAGCUGUUCUGAAGGAAAAUGUAAAUAGAAAUGAAAAUGUCAAUAAGAGACCUACUAGGAGAGGAGAUAAGGUAGAUAAUGAAGCUUCUGAGCAAAGCAAUAAUACUUCUGAAGAGGUAUCAAGUGGAAAUGACACUUCUCAUGAUAAAGAAAACUCAAAGGAAGAGAAAAGAUCUAGGAAGCGCAAGAACAAUGAGAACAUCUGUCAUUUACCAGCAAAAUCUCCUAGAAAGCAAAAGGAUAAGGACUGUACCUUCUUUGGUUUUGAUGAAAGUGAGAAUCAGGAUGAGAAUGUGUCUCCAGUAAAGGUUGCUCCAAGAGGGAGAUCUUUGAGGGCUAGGCCAAAGGCUGUUCUUCAAGAAAUCAAUGGGCCGUUAAGAGCUGAUUUACCAGUAGCAGCCAAGACUAAGAUAGCUACAAGUUCUGAAGCAGUAAAUAGAGUGUAUGAGGAGUUGAAAUCUGCUGCUGAUGCACCAGUUUUCCCUGAAAAGGAUGUGCAGACCAAUGAAACUAAUGUUGAAGAGUCUAUGAUGAAUGAUGACUCACAGUCUGUACAUUUGUUUGAGGAUAUAGAAGUUGUACAUCAUUUGAAGCCACAGCGCAAGAGUUAUGGCAAGUCCAAGAAAGUGACAUUCCGUCAACCAUCUAAUUCAGACAGUGAUACUCCAGCACCAACUACUGUGGAUCCAAAUGACUCGACUGAUUAUGAUGAUCUUGGUGAUCUGACCUUUGAAAUUGCUAAUGUGGAACAAAAGAAGAAAGUUAAUAAGAAGAAAAAGCCUAAAAGGCUGAUGUCUAAGAAAGAGGAGAAAGAAGCAGAGGAAUGGGCAGCCAACUUUAAUUCAAUGUGUGAAGAUAUAGAAGAGUUCCCUCUCAUCGUUGAGUGAAAUCACCGCCUAUUAAUCAUGACCAUAUUUUAACUCUCCAAUUAUGUAAAUUAAUCGUAGAUUUUAACUUAAAAAUACUCAUUGUAUGAGCAAAAAGUGCAAUUUUCGCACACCUACUUAAAAUAUAAUGAUAUUACGAAUUAACAAUAAUGAAAGAGCAUUUUUUUACAAUUAUUAGGGUCUUGUAAUAUUAAAAUUAUUCAUGAAUUUUUGUAAAUAAUCUGAAUUUAAUUUAUAACAUAGUUUUAAUUUUCAAUUAUGAUUUUAUUAGUACCUCAACAGUACAAUUAAUAAUUGUCGUAAUCUAAUCAAGUUGCAAUUGUGGCCAUCUGUGUAUUUGCCAUUUAAUUUUUAUUUUAUCGAGUUUGACUACAACAUGACAUUUUCGUAGAUUAUUAAGUUUUAAUUAGAAUAUUGUUUUAAUUUAUACUUAUUAUGAUUGGCAAUACUUGUGACUAAAAACUCUACACUGCUUAGCAGUAAGUUCGUGUCUAAUUUUUCUGAAUAGUUCUAAUUAAAUAGACUGGUUAAGUGCCUUUUGGCCAAAGAAUACUCCUAGAAGUUAUUCUGCCAAGUCAUGAUUAUAUCUCAGUGUUGCUAUUAUUGCCAAUAAUAAUUAUUGGGAAUUUUAAUUAUUAUAAUUAAGUUGCGUGGUUAGUUUUACAAAGGGACAAUAAUAUAAGCAAAAUGCAUUUAAUGUAAGGCUAAUUUUUACCUCAUAGAAUCCUAUUUGGAUGGGAUUAUAGGCAAACACUCUGAAGUUAAGAUUUUUUAAAUACUAAGAAUUCUCAAACUUGCAUUUAAGAUACUGAAUUAUGAGUUUAAUUUUGGUUUGUGUAAUCUCGUGGGCAAUUUUUUGUUAAUAUUUUUUUCGUAAAUAGUUUAAUUUUCGUUCUGUAACGUGUUUUUUUUCUGUUAUUCAGAUGAUUAAUUUUAUUUUCGUGUGACGUAAUGCUGGUUUUGCGUCUUAUUCCGUUUGCCCUGGACAACUUGAUACUUUAAUAAAUAAGAUUUUUUAACA